CUCCCUGGGUGGCAACAGCAUUUCUGAAGCAUUCAUGGAUCCAAUAUCAACUAUCACAUCUCUCACCUCCCUUGACCUGUCAAGGAGCGGACUGACCAACACCCUGCCCACCUUCCUGUCCCGACUUUCUAACCUCACAACACUUAAUUUGUCGGGCAAUUCUCUCCACGGCCCUAUUCCUGCUUCCAUGUCUACACUAAAGCGAUUGCAAAAUUUGGUUCUCGGAUCCAACAAGUUCUCUGGCAAUCUUCCUCCCGCCCUCACCGAACUCACAGACCUUUUAAAACUGGAUCUGAGUUCCAACCAAUUGUCCGGGCCGCUGCCGACCAUCCUUAGUCUUGCCACUUCUCUUCUCCACCUGUCAGUUCCCUUCCUACCCAUCAGUCCCCUGCAACCCAUCAGUCACCCUCGCACUGGAGUCCCCCUCUGUUAA